CGUGUGUGUGAGACAUGCACGUUGAACUACGUGAUAUUUCCGACGGUCGGUACAACAGGUACCUGCGGUAGAUAAAGUAGAAAAGUGUAUUAUCGAUGGCGAGGUUUGUAGAGCCGAUAAAAUGUCAAGGGGUGCGCGAGGAUCGAUGUAAACAGAACGUUCAAGAAAGAGGCAGAGUGAACGGGACUGGAAUGAGAUUGACAUGAGUGGUACGUCGUUGCAAGGCAGAUUGUGAUUAUUUCUACAUAGUUUUCACUGAGUAGUUGUCAUGAUGAUGUCCGGAAAAGCUCAGGUACAACAAGAAAGUCCUCUGGGUCUGUCCUGGCAUGACAGUGCCUGGAUUCCCGUCCUCAAUCCAAGUAACAUCAUGGAUUACUUCUCGGAAAGAAGCAAUCCGUUCUAUGACAGAACGUGCAACAAUGAGAUAGUUAAGAUGCAGCGUUUGAGCCCUGAUCAAUUAACCAAUAUGACUGGUUUGGAGUACAUUCUUUUGCACGUGCAAGAACCGAUCCUGUAUGUGAUUAGGAAACAACACAGGCAUUCACCGACUUUAGCCUCCCCAGUUGCUGAUUAUUAUAUUAUAGCUGGCGUCGUGUACCAAGCUCCAGAUUUAGGAUCCGUCGUGAGUUCGAGACUGUUGUCCACUGUUCACCACUUACAAUCUGCCUUCGAUGAGGCGAGAGAGUGUGCUCGAUACCAUCCGAGCAAAGGUUAUUCCUGGGAUUUCAAAAAUGGCAAGGCCAUGGCUGCAAAGAAAGAAUUGCCAGUGCGUGAAGAGCCUAGUUCCUUGUUUCAACGGCAGAGAGUAGAUAUGCUGCUCGCAGAGCUCACUCGCAAAUUUCCCUUACCGGUGCCAAAGCCAGUGCAUCAAGUAACAGAAGCUUCUGUAGAGAUCAAGCAGGAAGUGAAGACCGAGAAGAAAGAUGCAAAACCAGCACCAGAAAAAAAACCUAGACUUAAUUAAUAAUUAUAGAUGUAAAAACCCCUUGUGUCAAAUUUUUCUAAUAUAAUUUGUAAAAUAAUAAAGAAGAUAAGAGAAGGUAACAA